GACUGAUAAAAAUGUUGAAUUUUCAGAUAGUGUGUUGAUUAUUCAAGGAGAUUCAAUGAAUAAUUAUAGUACUCGAUAUACUAUUGAUAGAGCUGAAGAGUUGAAAAAGAAAUUGAAAAUUGUAAAUGUGUUCACAAGUAAUUUAGAUGAGGUUGUAAAAUGGAUUGUUAAUAAUAAUAUAUGUUCAUUAAAUAUCUCUGGAGCAAGGAAAAGUAAUUUAUUAGGAGCAGAUCUCCAAGUGAAAAUGUUUUAUACUCUUGGUCCGGAAGGUUCUUUUUCGUAUUUUACUGCACAGGAAAUUUUUCAAAAAAUAUCUGAUGAGUGUCUGCUAGUUCCCACUAAAGUGAACAGAGUUAAUAUGUUUGAAUACAAUCAUUUAUUUGAAAGGUUUAAAGUUAAAUUAGAAAUUGAGACACCUGUAAG